CGCCUUCAGUCAAGGUCAAGCUCUGCUGCAGCCCGUUUUGGUCCUCAGCCAGCAUACUGGAGAUGCUGACCCCUGUGGUCCCCAAGAAGAUGAACCAUGAGAAGAGUAGCCUGGAGGAUACAGACCACAGUUGUUGUUCUCCCGUUGAAGGAGACCUGGAAAAACAGGCCAACAAGUGUAAAGGCCCAACCAAGGCGGCGUCUUCCCGAGUGCCUGCGCUUGCUCCAGAUCAUUCCAUGAACCCUUUCCACUUGUCCGGAGACGUGGAUUUCUUCUUGCUGAGAGACCAGGAAAGAGAUAAAGCUCGAUUGGAGCGGGAACAGAAGAAAACCAUGCUGAUGCAUGAGAAGAUGACCUACUCGUCCAAGGUCUCCACCAAGCACACCAGCCUGCGGCGGGAGUUGCAGCUGGAGGACAAAGAGGUGGAGAGGGAGCUGCUGGCGGAGACUGAGCCACUGCGGGCCUUCCGGGACAACACUGCCUGGAAGCUGGCCGUCACCAAAGGCACCUGGGACAGUGAAAUCUCCAAGUUCGAAGACACACUGCAGCAUUACAAGACCUACAAGGAUUUCCUGUACAACUUGUCACCCAAGGAGUGGUUUGAGCAGAAGGAGAGGAAGUUGACUUUCAAAAAUUCCAGGGAGCUGGUGACCGUGUCCAGGGAGAGCAUGCUGCUUGGGGACAAAGGCCCACAAAGGAGCAGAAAUAGGCUGUCCUCCCCAUGGGCCAAAGACAGCCGGGGCUCAAAGAAGCCCCUGAAGCCACACCAUGGGGUCCGGUUGGGGCUGAUACUGUCUAACAGCAGCAUCCAGCCAAGCAUCCAGCUGAGUGUGCCCAAUGGACUGGAGUCCAAAGGGUCAAGUUCCAACGUCCUCUUGGUGCAGGAGGACCCAGACAGUGAUGGCGAGAACCUGGAGCUGUACUUCACAGAGCCCCAGCAACUCCUGGACCUCUUCACCAAGCUGGAGGAGGAGAACCUCUCCCUGAUCCAGAACACGCAGGAGAUGGAGGAGACCCUGGAGGAGCUGAACUUCAACCUGAAGAAGACCCAGAUUCGCAUGGACCGCGAGAUCAAACAGCUGAAGCAGUGGAUCAGCACGAUGAUGAUGUCCAUUACCCAAGAGGAGGAGAGAGCCUAUGAACUGGAGCUCAAAGCCCGAGUCUUCCACUUUGGAGAGUACCACGGUGCCCAGCAGGACAAGCUGCUGGAGAGCCUGAAUUAUAAGGUGCUAGAUGUGUACCGGCACUGCAUUGGCAGCCAUCAGGAUGCCAACCUGGGCACAGUACAGAUGCUGACCAUCAUUGAGCACCAGCUGGGCGAGCUGCUCGAGAGCCUGGAGCGCGUGCCCCCAGGCAAGGUGGAACAGGCUGAGAAGGCAAAGGAGAAGGAGCGCAGAUUAAGACUACGAGAAGAGAAGACCCAGAUGCAGAAGCUGCUCCAGGAGGAACGUCUGCGCCGGGCCCGAGCCCGGGCCCAGGCAGAUAUCAAGAAAAAAAAAGGCAGGAAACUGGUGUCCCGCUCCAAGCCCCCAGUUCUCAAAACAAAGAAGUCAUCUGAGCACAUUUUCAUGGAUAAGGACAAGGAAGAGCUGAUCCUCUUCUUCACCUAACUUUCUCAAAGCCACGUAGGCAGUGUGGCUGACAGCAUGAAAGAAGCCCGCAAUCAGAAGAGGCUGGAAUGACCUGGUGGCAGGCCCUGUGCAUUCUGGUGGUUCCCCUGUCCACUUCCUCUACCACUGAAAUAAACUUUGUCGCUUGGGUGUCUUGACGCCUGUGCAAGGAAGCUGACAUUCUCAUUUGGCCAUAGCCUAUGUUUGAGGGAGGGAGCACCCAUCUCGGUUCUCCUCUAAAACAGCAGCUUUUUUUCAGAGACACAAAACUGGGUAGAAGCUCCAGUUCCCGCUGGGAUACUAUAGGCUGGGAUUCUCUUCUGAUGCAAAGACAAGAAAAGCAAGCAGCAAACUGGGCAAACAACAGGUGAGUCUUACUAAUAGAAGGGGAAAAGGAAACAUUUUCAACACUUGACACCACAGUUCCUUGAAUUAAACCAAGCAAAAACCUUUGGUGUAUGACAUUACAAAAACUUUUAUUCACUUGCACUAGGAGUCGGGCCCAUCACCAACUGCAAACCUCAGUGCUCACAAGACACUAACAGUCUAUCCUAAUUAUUUGUUUGUUCCCCGAAGCCUGGGCGGAAGAGAUUCAGACCACUUCAAAGAGAAGCACUUCUGUGGCAAUGAUCUUCCACUCUUUGGGAGCCUUCUAGGCCACACAGAGCCCACAGCCAAAGCACAGGGGUUGCCUGGCCGCCCAGAGAAAGGGGCACACUAUCUGUCCGCGCAGACAAUCUGGGGCAAGUGUCAAUUGGACACCUUUCAAUACCUGAACUUUAGAUGGUGGAAGAGAACCAUUUAUAUAUAUGGUUUUAAUUCUAGGCAGAGAGGGACCCUGGGCAGAUGGACCUCCAAGCGGACAGACAGGAGCCCCAAAUUUAAGAAGCAAACAAUGGGCAGAAUUUAGGUGACUCCAUACCGAGAACCCAAACAGCAUCUGUUGAACACACACUUGAAAAGGCACAAGGCAAAACAAACAUCUCUGAACAACCCUGUGUCACUCCAUCAAGUGUGUUAUUAACAAAUAAAUAUGUAUAAGAUUA